UCCCGAACACUAUAAGCUGAGGCCAGAGCAAGCCGGUCGUCAUAUCGCUGCCGGCAGUCGUAGCGAGCGUUAGAGAUGCUCUUCGUCGUGUUUCUUCUUGCAGUCGUCCUCUUCCUAGUCUACAAGUGGUGGACGUCUGUCUACUCUGUCUGGGACAGGAGGGGUGUCCAAAACGUACCGGCUCGGACUCCACUAGGAAGUGAUGGAAGAUUCACCCUGCUCACUAAGUAUCAAGGAUACACGUUAAACGAGAUGUACCAGAAGUUCUCUUCCCCCUAUUUCGGAAUUUACUUGAUAAGGAGCCCUUUCUUGGUCAUCAAGAACCCAGAAAUCAUCAGCAUAAUUUUGACCAAGGAGUUCUCUCAUUUCAGGAACAGGCAAUUUCUUAAAAUACACCAGAACGACUUCAUCUUCCAACACCUGUUCAACCUCGGAGAUGAUAAAUGGAAGACUACCAGAGGGAAAAUGCAAUCAACCUUUUCCAGUUCGAAAUUGAGGACCAUGUUCCCACUUUUCGUAAAGUGUACGGAGAACUUGAUGUCGGCCCUCCUGGAGAAGGAAGGCGAUACGAUAAAUAUGAAGCAGGCCCUGGCCUCCUUCACGACGGAUCUCACCUGCAAGACACUCUUCGGCCUGGAAGCCGACACGAACUGCGACAGCGAAGUCACCAGGAUCGGCAAAAUAGCGACAGACUUCAAUUUGAUGAUUCUUCUCAAAAUCGCUGUCAAGUUGGCCUUCCCUGAAAUAGCACAGAACAUUCCCAUCAAGGUAUUUUCUACUGACAUUGAUAAGUUCUUUUUGAAACUCGUCACAGAAAUUGUUGACUACAGGGAAAAAAAUAAUGUGAAAGUGCAUGACUUCAUGGAUCUAUUGAUUCAAUUGAAAAAUAGGAGUAAGAAUGGCGAAGAAAAAAAGUUUGAAAAUGGAAAUAUUAAUAUCCAAUCCCAAGAUAUAACGCUAGAAGUAAUGGCUGCCCAGUGUUUCUUCCUAUUCAAUGCUGGUUUUGAAAACUCGAGUUCGAUACAAACUUAUUGUUUGUAUGAAUUGGCAUUAAAACCUGAAAUACAAAAAACUCUUCAAGAUGAAAUUGACAAAUGUUUGAAAAAACAUGGCGAAAUGACAUAUGAAGCUCUAAAAGAAAUGAAUUACUUAAACAUGGUCAUAUCAGAAACAAUGAGAAAAUACCCAAUACUUCCCUUCGUUACUAGGGUGUGCACGUCUCCACUAACCUUCCCGGAUGGAUUCCAAGUUGAGAAGGGUGACCAGAUGAUAUUACCUACUUGGUCCCUACAACACGAUCCUCAGUAUUUCCCAGAUCCUGAGAAAUUCGACCCAGAAAGAUUUUCUGAACAAAAUAAAGACUCCAUAGUUCCAUAUACUUAUUUGCCAUUCGGUGAAGGACCUAGAAUGUGUUUAGGAAUGCGAUUUGGUCAGCUCCAGAUGAAAGUUGGACUCGUUUCCAUUUUAAGGAAAUACAAUGUAGAACCGACCAAAGACACAGAGAUUCCUUUAACUCUUAAAGCACGUGCAUUUUCCACUUUACCUGAUAAAGGUGUCAAUUUGAAACUUGUAUGCAGAUCGUGAUGAUGAACGAUCAUUUGGAGAACAUUUUAUAUUCUGUACAUUUUGAGAAUAGAUAAUAUAUGAAUCCUUUCAGUAUUUAUUUGUAAAUCUGUUCCUAUUUUUAUUUGUGUCUGACUAUUCAGAAAAAUAAAGUUUUUUAUUUUUAAUUUCUUUUAUUCUUUCACCAAAAUCGUUCAGAUGGUUAAACUGGUGCAGUUGUGGUGGGCGGGGCAUGUGGCGCGCAUAAGGGAAGAGAAGUUUUUG